AUUAGAAAUAAUAUUGAUGUUUUUUUAUAUUUAAAUACUUUUGUUAAUUUAUCAAUCAUAAAAUAUUUUUAUGUCCUCCCUUAUAUCUUAUAAGGGUAUUAAUUUUUUUUUUUUUUUUGAAUAGAAACAUACAUAAUUAACUAGCUUAUUUAUUAGAUAGUAAUCUAAUUAAGAAAAUGUCUGGUCAAUAACAACUUUUGAACCAGUAUUUAAGAAGUUAUUAAAAAUUUUAAGUAAGGACUCGUAGUGACUACUAUUUUCAUUACUAAAUAUUUUUCGGCCUCACUCAUUCCGCCAAGGUAUAAACAUUUGACAAGGAAUUACUAUUAUUAUCAUAUUAUCAUUAUCAUGUAAUAAUAUGGUCUAUUAGUAAUAUACUUAUAGUAUAUCAAAGGAAGUGUAUCUCAUUAAGCGCAAUGCCAUUAUUUCGAAAAUCUUUUUAAUGUCUUAAAUUUGUAAUGAGUUAGUUCAUAACGAUUUAACUUCGGAAAUAUAAUAACUGUUUAACAAAGACUUUAAAUCAUGUACUGUUAAAAGAUAAAUAGAAUAUUAUAUAUAAAUAUAUAUAUAUAUAUUUAAAUGUAAGGAAUUAUUCUUAUCAGAUUUGAAAUACCAUCUAUCGUCACUAUACAAUUUUCCUGUGAAAUUUAAACAUUAUUAUAAAUAUUAGUUUCUAUUCUUUUCUAUAUAUUUUUUUAAUCAUGGCUGAAAAUAUUUCUGAAAAACUUUUAAAAGCUUUAGAUUGUCUGUUACUCGAAAAUUUUAUUGUUCAAGAUAAAACUCUGUUAGAAAAAUUGUUGAGCAGUUUAAUUGUUGAUGAUACUGUGUUGAAAAAAAUAGCAUUAUCUGUACACACUAACUGGCUUUCAAAAGUUUUGGAUAUUUGUGAAAAACAAUCAGACAAAUCUGAAUUUGUUGUCAGGAAUCUUUAUUCAUUUGCUUUGAAAUAUAUGGCAAUAUUAGUUAGAUCUAAGGAUAAUUUUGAAAUGAUGAUGCAUUCAAACAUAAUACAACUUAUGAUUAAACAAGUCAACAAUACUAAUAUUCUUAAAGAUUCAUUAAUUUUUAACUCUUACAUAUUUUUAUUAAAAAUAUUAAAUAUCCACAAACAAGGAAUUAUAUUUGUAAAUGAAGAAUAUUUAUGGUCAAAGAAUUUAUUCAUCAACGAUGCAAACUUUGUUAUGGGAAAAUUUAUGGAGCUACAAAAUAUUCAGUAUAUUUCUGAGUUUAUAUAUAAAUCUUUUGAAUUGGAUGUUGUUAAUUGUAGUAAAAAUAUUCUUAAUCAUAUAUUUUUUGAAUUAAAAAAUGUUGAUCACAUUUUAAAAAAAAAUGAAAUAAAAUUGUAUAAUAAUUUCAAUUUUUAUGCUAAAAUAUUAAUUUUUACUUUGGAACGUUUUUUGGGUACGGAAUAUCAGCCUAAAGCUUAUGAAGUUAUAAUAGUAAAUUAUGUUUUUAAAGAUAUACUCAUCAAAAUGAACAAACUGAUUAAAUUAGCUCCAUUUUUAUCAAAAAGUUAUAUUACUUUGCACUUAUUGUUUGACUGCUAUACUAUAUGGCCUAGUUUAGAUACUAGAAGUAUUUUAAAAUCUAAUUUUGUUUAUUUGGAUUGGCCAAAUGAUCUUCAAUUUUAUAAGCAAGUUAAUAAUUGGUAUAUUCAAGCAAUAAAAUAUAUGAAUAUUAUGAAACUCAACAAAACUGAUUUAUUUGAAAAACAGCUUAUAUUUGAUCAGUUGAGAUACCUUGAAGAAUUUAUAAAAUAUACAAGUAAAAAAAUAUGUGAUACUGAAAACAAUAUUGAUUAUAAUUAUAUUACCAAAUGUAAUGAAUUUGUUUGUGAUCCAAAAUCUAUAAAAGAAAUGACCAUAUCUGCCCUAUUCAAUACAAUAGAUGUUUUACAUUUGCUUAAACAGGAAACAUUAAAUUGUUUGAAUGAGCUAUUUUCAAAUUUUAUGGACUUGUUAAUUCAAAAAAACUUAUGGUUUGAAAAAAAUCAAAAUUUUUCUGAAAUACAUAAGUAUCAAGAUAUUUUAGAGGUAAUACCUUAUGUAUUUCUGUGCUGGACAAAACUACUUGAAGUCCAAAGUUUACAAAAAAUAAUUUCAAUACCUUCAACCUUUAUAAAAAGCCAAAAUCAAUAUAUACAGAAGUCACGCGAUUUGAUUCUAUUACAGAAUAUUUUAAAAUUCACAUGUACAACAUUAAAAUUAUUGAAUUAUAGUGAGUCAAUUAUUAAUUUAGAUGAUUUUAAUGAUCUUUUUAAAACUUUAAGCAUAUUAUUAUUGGAUAGAAGAUCAGAAAUUCGAGACAGCUGUUUAGAAUGUUUAUCAAAUAUCAAACAGGUUUCUGCUAAAUAUGACACAGUUUCAUUUAUCCUUGAAAACCAGUUGCCAGUAGCUGUGUAUAAUACUGCUAAGCAUGAUAAUGAUUCAUUUGUAAAAGCUAAAGCCAUUGAAUGUCUAUCAAAUAUGGUUGCUAUAAGUGAAGUUGGUACAAUGCUAUUAAAUAAAACAGAUCUACUAGAGUUUUGUUUGGACACAAUGCAAUGGGAACCUGAAGGAGUUAUACGACGUCAAGCAGUAAAACUCAUUACAACUUUUUACAAUUUUAAUUAUCUAAGUGAGUCAGUUUUCAAUGAAAUAUGUGUAGUCAUGGUACAUGUUAGUAUUAAAGAUCCUCUUUGGGAAGUAAAAAAAUUUACAUAUGAUUUUUGGAGUUGUGUAGUUUGUAAGUUAACUAAAGAAACUUCAUAUUCAGAAAAUUCAAAUGAAUUAUACGAUUUUAUCAAACUUGGUGAAGUUGGUUGUUUACAUGUACUUCACACAGCAUUAAAUGAUGAAUGUGAUUUGGAAGUUCAAAAAAGUGCUAUAUGUAUAUCAAAAAAAUUACUAAACUCAUCUAUUUUUAUAUCUAAUACAAAACAGCCUAUUUAUAAUAAUAGUAUACAACAUAAUCAAGAAGACCAUAAGACCAAUAGUUUGUACUUCAAUAAAGUAAAAAAAGUAAGACAGUUUGACUCAUCUGAUAGAGUUUUAAAUUCUAUUUCAUGUUCAUGUGACAAUGAAUUAUUGCCAAUCCUUAAAAACUCAAGUAAUGGAAAUAUAUAUCCUCAAGAAUUUUCCCUAAGGUUAAAAACUGACGAUUACAUCUCACCUAAUCAAUUUUUUGAUUUCAUAAGUGCUUAUGAUUUUGAUAAUUAUAAUACUAAGAAACAAUGGCUUAUUGAUACAAGAAGUGGAUUAAAUUCAAUGUUGGAUGAUGUAAUUGGACAAUCACACAAUAUUUUUAUUGAAGGAGCUGAUCUAUUAGAUUGCUAUUAAGUUCCAAUUUUUUUUUUUUACAACUACCAAAUGGCUUUAUUAUUUAAACAAAAUAAGAAAUAUAUCUUGAUUGUUUGAUUAAUAAUUUGCAAUUGAAAGUUCCAAUGAUCUCGAUUUUACUUUUUAAAUAUUUAACAUUGUAACAUCAAAAUAUAUAUUAUAUAUAAUUGUUAGUUUUGUGAGAACUCAUGAUUUGUAAUAAGACUAAUUGUCAAAAAUUAAGUAAUAUAAAUAAAUUCAUGAAAGUAUGUUGUAAAAAAUAUUUAUUUAACCUGUUAUUAAAAAAUAAAUAUAAUUAUACUUAUUUAGAUUAGUAUAAUUUAGAAUGUUAAAUAACAUUAAACAUUUUGUUUUCAAUAAUAGUAAAAAUGAUUAUAAAUUUUGUGAUAUAUUAUUGUUACCGAAGAAGACUAUAUAGACAACUUUGAAUUUAUAAAUU